ACCGCCACUGACGAUCUGAGCUCGAUACAAUCUAAGAAAUGGUCGAACGACAUUCAGAUGACACAUAUACGGAGGCUCUUGUUGCCGUUUAGGGCAUAUCUUGUUGGUUUUUCUCAUUCGAAUUCAUUGUUCUCCUAUCCAAGAAAUACAGGUCAAUGGAAGUAUGGACAACUUAAGUUGUGGGUAAAGAGCUUCCAACCUGUCAUGCAGGACCGUGCAGUAAGAUUUCAAUAUCAACUGAUCUCCCAAAGACGAUGUAUUCAAACUCUUUGCUUUUCAGGAAUAAAAGUAUGCUUGGGGAGUAUGUAUGUACAGGGGUCAUUUUAUCUAUGGCCACGUGUUGCAUAUGCUAUGGACAGUGAAAAGAACACAUUUGCUGAAGAGGAUAAUACAGAUUUGAGCAGUGCUCCAGGCCUCUUGGAAGAUGACCCAUACUCCUUUUUGGCAUUGGCAAGGAAAUUCUGGCUUCCUGCGUUCCUUGUUCUGACAGUUUUGGCGGGUUGGGGUCAUCCAAUUGCUUUAACAGUAAAAGUUAUUCUUUUUCUCUUGAGCACGAAUCCCAGUCCUCUCUCAGUUUACCUGUUUGUUGAGCAGUUGCGUCAUCAGUCAAUGCGCCAAAAUCCCUACUUAUACAAAAUAAAGCCAUUUUAUGCAAAGAAAGUUGAUGUUGAAGACUACAAGCUUCUCUGCUUGGCUAGAGUUGAAAUGAGAGAUCAGAAGAUCACUUUGAUCGGGAUUCUGGGAAAUUGGUGGGUCUUGCAGUCCUCACCUGCUCGGGGAGAAUAUUUUGCCUUAGGGUCUGAAGCUCUGAAUAAUAGUUGAGAUAUUUGGGUAAGUUUUUUUAUUUCUUUAUUUGAGUUGCUCAUAUAUUAACAGAACUUAAAUGUGCUGAAGAAUUAGCAGCUAACCAGCAGGUGUCAUGUUUAUUUUGAGGGAAAUUGAACUCUGGCAGGCUCACAACUUUUUCUU